AGAGAACUUUGCUCAGUUUGCUCUCCCAUGGGUGCCAGACAGGUGUAGCUCUCUGUGCUGCAUGUUUCAAGGUUCUGCCAGCUCAUGGAGAGACGUGUGUGAGGAAGGAGGGAGUGAGGGAAGAAGAGGAGGAGAGAGAAGGAAGAGGGAAGUCCCUUCUUCAACGUAAGAUCCACAUCAGCUCAGCCUGCACUUUCCCAGUUCCCCUCCUGCUGCCAUUUGAUUUCGGGGACAGAGCAGAGCAGCCUGUCAAUCUGCUCAUCACCACCACUUCUGGUCACCAUCCCAACUGCUGCUACUGCUUCUUCCCACCUCCAUUUCUUGGACUAGAGGUCUGAAUGUUUCACUUAGGUACUUGGGAUCCAGGAUGUUAGGAAUUGUAAAAAUGGAAGGACAUGAGACAACAGACUGGAGCAACUACUACCAGGAGACUCAGGAGGCUUAUUCUUCAGUCCCGGUUAACAACAUGACUCAAGGAUUGGCGCCUAUGAACACUUACAUGACCAUGAAUAACAUGAGCUCUAGCAACAACAUGACACCGGGAUCUUUUAACAUGUCAUAUGCCAACUCGGGGCUAGCACCAGGCUUGAGUCCCAGUGGCAUGUCUGGAAUGGGUGCUGGAUCUUCCUCCGCUAUGAAUGGCAUGGGAUCUGGAGUGCCAACAAUGGGCACCGCUCUCAGCCCUACCAGUAUGAAUGCAAUGUCGGCCCAGCAAGCCUCCAUGAACAGCCUUAGCCCUUAUUCCAGCAUGAACUCAGGCAUGAGCCCCAUGGCUUAUGCCCCUUCCAACAUAAACAGGACCAGAGACACUAAAACUUUCCGAAGAAGUUACCCCCAUGCUAAGCCACCCUACUCCUACAUCUCAUUAAUCACCAUGGCCAUUCAGCAGGCCCCCAGCAAAAUGCUGACCCUCAGUGAGAUCUACCAGUGGAUCAUGGACCUCUUCCCUUACUACAGGCAGAACCAGCAGAGGUGGCAGAACUCCAUCAGGCACUCACUGUCUUUUAAUGAUUGCUUCGUUAAGGUGGCCAGGUCCCCAGAUAAACCUGGUAAAGGCUCCUACUGGACUCUUCACCCGGACUCUGGGAACAUGUUUGAGAAUGGCUGCUAUCUCCGUAGGCAGAAGAGGUUUAAAUGCGAGAAGCAGCAGGGUGGCAAAGGGGGGCAAGAUGGCAGGAAGGACCAGUCUGGUUCUUCAUCUCCUUUACAUCGGGUGCAUGGUAAGUCCAGCCAGAUGGACAGCAAUUCUUCCAUGUCUAACCCAUCCAGCAGUCCACAGUCCUUGGACCACGGUGGUUCUAAUGGAGAUAUGAAGCCGCAGGUAGCAGGUGGUCCAUCACCUUUACCCUCUCACACAACUCAUUCUUUAGUCCAUGAGUCCCACCUCCACCUCAAAGGAGACCCCCAUUACUCCUUCAAUCACCCCUUCUCCAUCAACAACCUGAUGUCUUCUUCUGAACAACAGCACAAACUGGACUACAAAGCCUAUGAGCAGGCCCUGCAGCAGUAUUCCUAUGGUGGGGGCCUGCCAGGCAUGUCACUUGGCAGUAAUAUGUCUGGAAGAGGGAGUAUAGAACCUUCAGCACUGGAGCCAACAUACUAUCAAGGGGUCUACUCCAGGCCAGUCCUUAAUACAUCCUAAUCGCCCCUGACUGGGAUGGAAACACCAUCCCACCACCACCUUUGUAGAACUGUUCUGAGACUGUUACUCUAUUAACCUAUUGCUUCACAAGAAUUAUUAUGAGAAAGAGAAGAACUGCAGUUUUUGGAGAUCUGUCCAUGUAAUAUAAAGCACAGAGGUCAACUAAGCUGCCACUGGGUGUAUUUAAAGAAACUGUCUAUCCUGUAUAUAUUGCUAAAUGUCUAUCGGUUUCUAGACAAGUUUACAUACUGAGGGUUGUAAUAAUUGGAAAAGAAAAAGAAAUCACAUUAUGGUUUUCUAUAUAUAUAUAGUUACUCCAAAAUUGUGAAGGACAUUUGUGCUGUGAAAAAAGUUACAUUUCUACUUUGCUUCAGGUCUGUGUUACUUGGGUGACCUUGCCUUGGAUUUCAUUUUGUUACUGGGAAGAAUAACUGGAUAUUGAGGCUAUGCUAUGCUGGUUUUAAGCCUGGCAGUAAAACGUCCCACUGAUGGUUUAGCUUUGCUAGAAAUGAUUUUUUCUCCUUUUAUUGUAUUUGUUUGCAUUUUAUUUCUUAUAGUGUUAUAUAUAAUAAAAAAAAAACAUAGGUCACUUCAUGAGCAAACAAGAGUCUA